CAGCCUCCCUCCCGCCCUUUCCUCCACAGGCCAAGGCUGGUGACGGCCUCCAUAUAUUUAAAGAGGAGGAGAGUCCCCCUUUUCACUCAGUUGAGCUGACAGAGACCACCCAGGCAGACUUGACCUUGGUCAGAGAGUCUUCAAGAUGCCGAACUGGGGUGGAGGAGCAAAAUGCGGAGCCUGCGAAAAGACAGUCUAUCACGCAGAAGAGAUCCAGUGCAAUGGAAGGAGUUUCCACAAGACCUGUUUCCACUGCAUGGCCUGCAGGAAGGCUCUUGAUAGCACGACGGUCGCAGCUCAUGAUUCGGAGAUCUACUGUAAGGUCUGCUAUGGGCGCAAGUACGGCCCCAAGGGGAUCGGGUUUGGACAAGGCGCCGGCUGCCUCAGCACCGACACGGGCGAACACCUGGGCCUCCAGUUCCAAGAGUCCCCAAAGGCAGCACGCUCAGCCACCACCAGCAACCCUUCCAAGUUCACUGCCAAGUUUGGGGAGUCAGAGAAGUGCCCUCGAUGCGGAAAGUCAGUCUAUGCUGCGGAGAAGGUGAUGGGAGGUGGCAAGCCUUGGCACAAGACCUGUUUUCGCUGUGCCAUCUGUGGGAAAAGUCUAGAGUCUACGAACGUUACUGACAAAGAUGGGGAACUUUAUUGCAAAGUUUGCUAUGCCAAAAAUUUUGGCCCUACAGGUAUUGGGUUUGGAGGCCUUACACAACAAGUGGAAAAGAAAGAAUGAAAGGUCCACCAUUUCUCAGAUCUUUCAUCAGCCUAAAGCAUAUUUUCCAAGUAAUCCUGCCCAGAUGGACAGCCUUCCCCAAACAUCCUCUCGUUGGUAGCUGGACAGUGUUUCUCUUCACAAAUCAUCAUAGUCUUUAAAACCUAAAGCUAGAAGAGACCUUUGGAAGAAAAUCAUUAAGCGUUUAAUCUGCAACCAAUGCUUUAUUAUUUACAAUACCUGGGGUUGGACGAGGCAAUAAAUGUUUUAUCGGUA